CUGUUGUCGAUCCUGUACACUUACGCUAGUAUUUUGAGAAGCUAUUCGGACCAUUCUCCAUGUAGAUUGAGACAGUUUAGCGAUGCCUCACUGGGUAGACAAGUGCCGGACAUACCGUCUAGGUGUAGUGUGCACCGUCCUGGGAUUUCUCGGAUAUGUCCUGGCAUUCAGCCUGCCCUCCUGGAGCCACGUGUUGGUAUAUUUUGGCGAUAUAGACACUGUACAGUAUGAUCAAGGGGAGUAUGUGAAUGGAGGGCUAUGGCUGCACUCGUGUGAAGGGUUGUCCAACUGCCAACCAUUUAACGUUACACAGCAGACAGUCCUGUUUCACUCAGUGCGAUCUUUGGCCAGUGCAACUCUCCUGUUGUUUGUUAUAUCGCUGGUCCUUAUACCAAUAUACAACUUCACCGGCUACUCCAGAUGGCUACAGAAGGAACCUGUACUUGUCUCAAUAUUUCCUCUUGUCUCAGGAUUGGUUGGGGCAACAGCAUGUAUUACAUACAUUUUCUGUCAAGAAAUCAAGUCCCUCUACUGGGGUGUGGGUGUAGGAUGUGCCGGAAGUGCCAUGGCUCUCUAUGGAGGGAUGUUCAUGCUGGCUGGACUCCGGAAUGACAAUCAGUGUCGACGAACAAGAAGAACAAGGCGGAGAAGAAAUAACUCAACCGACAAUUUUUCUGCAGUACACCAGUGUAGUGCAAUGGACGGGAACAGCGUGGUAGCGCCCUUUACCUAUUUGCGACCUGCUGGGUCUCAGACUAGUGUGCUGGUGUCUCGCCCGGACCCGCCAGCUCCCUACUCCCUCCCCUACCACCACCCGGACCAAGGACCAUCUGUGCACCCCUCAGCCCCACCAUACAUCGAUCCUGUGCCCCAAACUUCGCUCUUUGCUGACCAACAUUAAUGUCUAUAGCUGUAUAUGUCAUGCAGGCAGAAUAACUUAAUAUCAGUGUAGUGAGGGAGUGAUUUUAGAUUUACGCCGCUUUUAGCAAUAUUCCAGCAAUAUCACGGCGGGGAAAACCAGAAAUGGGCAUAACAGAUUGUACCCAUGUGGGCAAUCGAACCC